CUCCCCACAGCGGCGAUGAUACAGAAAGCCCCGCGAGACUCAGCUGCGGCGAAGACGGCCGGCCCGCGCCCCGGCAGCACGGCCCUCCUGCCGCCAGGCCCGCCGCCUCGCCGCAGCUCCGCGCGGCUGGGCCGAGGCGGCGGCCGCGCGGGCACGGCCACGGAGGUGCUGGUGCCCAGCUCGGUCGUCGCGCCGUGCGUCACCUGCGGGAUCUGCGGCGGCCUCCUCCGCGACGCCACCACCUUCUCCGAGUGCCUCGACGCCUUUUGCAGGAAAUGCAUAUAUGACAAGUUGGCGAAGGAAAAUAUAAAGUGCUGCCCCACGUGCGGCAUCCAUUUGGGCCGUGCUCCAUUGGAGAAGCUCAGACCUGAUCAUAGCCUGCAACACAUCAGGUCAAUGAUGUUUCCUUCUAAGAGGCGCAAGGUUGCCAGCGCCAAGAAGAGGGAGGUUGUUUCAGCUCAAUCAAACCUUUCUUCAGUGGUGUAUAUAGCUGCAGAAGGAAACACUGUACCGCUGCCACCUGCUGCUUCACAAAGUAACUUACAGAAGGUGGAGGUUGAGGUGAUUGAUGAGUCUGAUGAGGCUUUGGUAGCUCAGGAAUCAAUUCAUGAGUCUUCUACAUUGAAUCUUGCUCCUAUUGGAAGAGAUGCUUUGUCACAAAUUAGGUGUCGAGACUUUCACUCAGCAUGCAUUCUUUCUGCGGAGACUGGAGCGUUGAUUGUGUGGCAACCACCACCUAUCCUAGAGGAGGUGGUCGCAGCCUCCAGGCAGGACCCAGAGACUUUUGGGCUUCCAGUGACCUCCGAUACUGAGUACCAGCGACAAGCACCGACUGUACAGAUGACCAAUACUUCAGUUGUGUCAGGCAGCUCAUUCCAUUCUAGGAUGACUGUCCAGGAUGAUGAAAACAUCAGGGCAAAUAUUCUCACAUUGUUGAAUGAGAAUAAUGCAAGGAUCAUGGGGUGUUAUGAUGCCUACAUAAACCAAUUUGAGGCAGAGAAGUCCAAAUUAAUAGAGCACUUGGAUAAUGAAAGAGCAGCUUCUCUUGAGAAGAUGAGAAUUCUUGAAGAGAGGCACAAACGAGAAUUGGAAGCUGAAAGAGCAGCAGCGGCUGAGAGGACUAGAAUCCUUGAAGAGAGGCUUCAAAGAGAAUUGAAAAAUGAACGAGAAGCUGCUGUUGAGAGAAUAAGAGUUCUUGAAGAGAGGCUCCAAAGAGAGUCCCAAUUAGUUCUGAGUCAUGAAAGCCGAAGCCAAUCUUUGGAGGCAGAGAAUUCCGGACUUAAUGAAGAACUGGAAAAUGAAAAGGCAGACAAACAGGCUCUGAUGUCAGAUAUUUUAGAGAGAAGUGAUGAGCUUGCUACACUCCAAUAUUACUGCAACAUAUUUGAGUCAAACAAGACAGAUCUAGAAAACCAAAUUGAGCAUCUGAACAAGGAAUUGGAAUAUACGAAGAAAAAGCAUGAUAGAUAUGUCGAUCAAGUCGAGGAUGCCUUUGAUGCAGCAAGGGCGGUUCUGAUAAGGAGAGACAUUGAACCUUUCUAGAACUUCUGCUGAUUUUUCAGAUUAUUUCUUUCUCUGGUUGCAUGUUAGUAGUUUUGUAUAGUGCUGUAUUAGUAUGUUCAUUGUAGCUUGGUCUUUCUCUGAGCCCUGUAUGAAUUUUGGCUUUAAUUGACAGACUGAAAUGGUUUCUAUAGAAGAGGGGUGCAGCUGUUUAAAAGCUUCCUCUUGUAUAUACCAGGUGUUCUAGUUGGUGUGCUUGGUACUGCAAAUAUAUAUUCACAAGCUAAUUAUUCCUCUGGAGGU